GUGAACGCCAAUAUUUAAAGUGGGCGCACGGCAUGACGUGGCCGUAAAUACGUCACUGCAACGCGCCCUCGUUCUUUCUUUCUCUCGUCCUGAAGAUGGCGGCAGGGACUCUGUACACGUACCCGGAGAACUGGCGGGCCUUCAAGGCCCAGAUUGCAGCCCAGUACAGUGGUGCUCGCCUGAAAUUGGCCAGCAGUUCCCCUGCCUUCACCUUUGGGCAGACGAACCGUACUCCAGCCUUCCUCAAUAACUUCCCUCUUGGCAAGGUACCCGCCUACCAGGGUGAUGACGGCUUCUGUCUGUUUGAGAGUAAUGCCAUUGCUCACUACUUGAGCAAUGAAGUCCUGCGUGGUGCUACACCCCAGGCCGCAGCCCAGGUGCUCCAAUGGGUGAGCUUCGCGGACUCAGAGAUCAUCCCUCCAGCUAGUGCGUGGGUUUUCCCCACUCUGGGAAUAAUGCAGUUCAACAAGCAGGCCACAGAGCAGGCCAAAGAAGAUGUGAAGAAGGUCCUCACAGUGCUGAACCAGCACCUAAACACCCGCACCUUCCUGGUAGGGGAGAGGAUCAGCCUUGCUGACAUCACUGUGGCCUGCUCCAUGCUCUGGCUCUACAAACAGGUCCUUGAGCCUUCUUUCCGUCAGCCUUUCCCCAACGUGACUCGCUGGUUCCUCACCUGUGUCAACCAGCCGCAGUUCAAGGCUGUCCUGGGAGAUGUCAAAAUAUGUGAAAAGAUGGCCCAGUUUGAUGCCAAGAAGUUUUCCGAGAUGCAGCCCAAGAAAGAGGCCCCUGCAAAAAAAGAGAAGGGAGCAAAAGAGGCAGCCAAGCCCCAGGAGAAGAAGGAAAAGAAGAAGGAAGAGAAGAAGCCAGCCCCCCAAGAGGAUAUGGACGACUGUGAUGCUGCUUUGGCCGCAGAGCCCAAAACAAAGGACCCCUAUGCACAUCUGCCAAAGAGCACAUUUGUCAUGGACGAGUUUAAGAGAAAGUAUUCCAACGAGGACACACUGAAAGUAGCCAUUCCCCACUUCUGGGAGCAGUUUGACCGUGAGGGGUUCUCCAUCUGGCACUGCCAGUACAAAUACCCCGAGGAGCUCACCCAAAGCUUCAAGAGCUGCAACCUUAUCACAGGUAUGUUCCAGCGCCUGGACAAACUCAGAAAGACCGCCUUCGCCAGUGUCAUAUUGUUUGGCACCAACAACGACAGUAGCAUCUCUGGCAUCUGGGUCUUCAGGGGUCAGGACCUGGCCUUCCCUCUGUCUCCUGACUGGCAAAUCGACUACGAGUCAUAUGACUGGCGCAAGCUGGAGCCAGACAGUGACGAGUGCAAGACCAUGGUGAAGGAGUACUUCGCCUGGGAGGGAGACUUCAAGCAUGUGGGCAAACCUUUCAACCAGGGCAAGGUCUUCAAAUGAGGAGACACUGGGAACAAUGUCAGCGCAAGCACCCUGCGCCUCUGCUUUCCAGCACUUAAACUUACGGACUUUCAGCCACCACGUGCUUACCUUACUGCAACAAUGACUCAGAAUGACAGUGUUUGAAGACAACAUUUUGUCUCAGUGGCCCCAACCUGUUUUUUUUUGUUUGACCUGCGAAAUAAAGCAUUUUCCACAAUGCCA